AUGAAACUCGAGAAGGCCAGCGAAGAGCACGACCUCCACUCGGGGGCUCUCGACAAGGCCCGCGGCUUGUGGAACAAGUUGAGCGAAGAGGUGGAAUUCCUCCGGAAAGGUGUGAAGCAGCAAGAGAAGACUCUCAUGGAGAGCCUCUAUGACAUGGAGACGGCGCUGGAUGCCAAGAAGCAGGAGCUGGAAGCAAAAGAAAACGAGACUAUGGCAGCAGAGCAGGACAUGAAGGAGAAGGAGGACAAGGCCAAGGCUGCCGGAAAAGUGAAGAAGGAGUAUGAAGAGCAACUUGUCGAGGCCGAGAGGAGGUCGAAGCAAGCGCAGGAGGCUCUGCAGGAGAUCAGGGCCAAGGCGGAGGAAGCAGUGGACGAGGUCAUCAAAGCAGAGAUGGAGCAGAAGGAGGCCGCCAGUCAGCAAAAGGAAGCACAGGCUCUUCACGACAAAGGGGCCCAGAGUUCAGAGCUGCUUCAGAAGUUGAAGGCUGCGGUGGAGGACUUCUUCAACGCGAUCGAUGCUCUGGAAGCGAGCAUGAUGAAGAAGAUGAGCUCGAAGGGCAACGACAAGGCACACGAGCUCAUCCUCCUUGAUGAGAACUUGGAGCCAACUCUCUCGAAGUACAACCUUAUGGUGGUGGCAUUCGACGAUGUGUGGACAUAUGGCGACGGUUCCUACGCGAAAGUGGAGCCUGCCAUCGAACAGAUCGUGGAGGAUGCCAAGGCUGAUUUGGAGCUGAUUUGCGACCCAACACGGCAAUUCGGAGACUCCAUGGCAGAAAGUCCCGAGUUGGAGGAAAAGUGCUGGACCGCACUUUGGCGUAAGAUCGGUAUGAAUGAAGGUACCUUCCCCGGCGAGAAGGGCGAGUUCCCGAGGAGCGCUGAUAUGCCGACAGAGGAGUCGGAGAUCAUGGAGAGCCCCAAGGCCAAGGCUGCCGCCACCCUGACCGGCUCGGUGGAGGAGUCGACCAGUAUCAUGCCCGCCAUGGAGUCGGCGAGGGAAUUGGACAUGUACAUGGAGACCACGGCCACGUCGACGACAAAGGGCGACAUCGCCGACCUCCUAGCCGAGGAUUCCGUGACUCCCGAAAGCCCGGCGAAGAUCAUGGAAGCAAGUGCAGCCACAACAACGAUGAUUGGAGAUGGCUUCGACCUCCUCGCCGAGGAUUCCCUCUCACCUGCCAAAAGCAUGGAAAUCA